AUGUAAAUUUGAUAGUGUCAGAGAUACUAUACACGUGUAUUUUGUGUAUGAAACUUUCAGAAAAUUGAAACACUAUUUCAAAGAUUGUGAAGUUAUAUCUGGGAAUAUAGAAAAAAGUUAUUUUCAACAUUCAUUAUGAAAAGUGUUGCAAGUAACCGUACUAUUGAUGAUCCGUUACAUUUGUCAUCCGAUCAUCGCCCACGUUUGUCUGGUGUAAAAUAUAAACCUGGUAUUUUGUGUUCUAUGCUCGCAUUGCCUGUCUUCCUUCUUGUUUUGUGUUGUGUAUUUGACGUUUCUCAGUGUUUAGUGGAUUGAAUAAGUAGUUCUAGAGGAAUUUGAGUUGUUUUAUUUUUUAGUGAUUGAUAAUUUUUUCUUAUUGAACAUGAUGAAGCAUUCCAAAUAAAAGAUGAAAUCGAUUUACAGUAAAUAAAAUCAACUGUCCUGUUGUGAAUUCCAAUCAAAGCAGUUGGAAAACAAGUGACCUGGUAUUGAAGAGGUUUCACACAAAUUAGAACAUCCAAAUGGCAUCUAGAAAUAAAGUAGGAACAAAACAUGAUGAACAUAGUGUUGAAACUCUUGCAGAAGUUUUUCGGUGCUUUAUAUGUAUGGAAAAAUUGAGAGAUGCCCAUUUAUGUCCCCAUUGUUCAAAAUUAUGCUGUUAUGUAUGCAUACGCAGAUGGCUUACCGAACAGAGAUCACAGUGUCCCCAUUGCCGGGCUUCUUUACAUUUACAUGAACUUGUUAACUGCAGGUGGGUAGAGGAAGUUACUCAACAGCUGGAUAGUUUGCAAGCUGUGAGUCUUAAUGGAAGUAGAAGUGAGGAUAAUGAUAGGGAUAAAUGUUCAACACAUUUGGAAAAACUUUCAGUAUAUUGUUGGACAUGUCGAUGUUGUAUUUGUCAUCAAUGUGCUCUCUGGGGUGGUACUCAUUCUGGGCACACAUUUAAACCAUUAGAUGAAGUAUAUGAGCAGCACGUCACUCAAAUAAAAGAUGAAGUUUCUCAGUUACGUAGAAGAUUAAUGGAACUCAUUAGUAUUGUACAAGAAGUAGAACGAAAUGUUGACUCAGUUAGAUCUGCUAAAGAUGAACGAGUGAGAGAAAUUCGCAAUGCAGUUAAAGUAAUGAUAGCACGUUUAGAUUCUCAAUUAAAAACAAAGUUACUUACUCUUAUGGGACAAAAAGAUUCACUUACUCAGGAAACUGAACAGUUAGAACAUUUACUCCAUGAAAUUGAGCAUCAGUUACAUGUAUGCUCUAGAUCUGAACUGAUAUCAAAAAGUAGUGAGAUAUCUAGAAUGAUCCAUGCCAUAAGAAAAAAGCCGAUGACUAGUUUUGUGACUGCUCCCGUUCCUGCUGAUUUCCAUAGUGAAAUUGUACCAGCAUAUGAUAGUUGUACUUUUGUAAUGCACAGUUUUUCUCGUUGGCAGCGGAAAGCCGACCCUAUUUACUCAACACCAUUGCAUUGUAAUGGAUUAUGUUGGAGGUUAAAAGUAUACCCGGAUGGAAAUGGGGUUGUAAGAGGCAACUAUUUAUCAGUAUUUUUGGAACUUAGUGCAGGCUAUCCAGAAACUUCAAAAUACGAGUACCGUGUUGAAAUGGUACACCAAGCUACUAGAGAUUCUUCAAAAAAUAUAGUUAGAGAAUUUGCUUCAGAUUUUGAAGUAGGAGAAUGUUGGGGUUAUAAUAGAUUUUUUCGUCUUGAUCUUUUAGCUAGUGAAGGUUAUUUAGAUCAAGCCAAAGAUACACUAGUAUUAAGAUUUCAAGUAAGAGCUCCGACAUUUUAUCAGAGAUGUAGAGACCAACAAUGGUACAUAAACCAAUUACAAACUGUUCAGCAUCAAUAUAUUACUCAGAUAAAUGAAUCGAAAGAAAGAUUAGCCACAGAAAUUUCCAGAAAUGCUGUGGCAUCUAGUCUAUUGCCAAAGACACAAGGAGAUAUGUCUAACCUUGCAUUAGUAAAAAAUAUUUAUGGUAUACCUAGUCCUGAUUAUAUACCUGUAGCUUCAACAUCUCACACGGCAUCUGAUAAGUCUUUCUCAAGUGAAUUGGCUGAUUUUGCCAAAAGUUUGACAGCAGCUGGGGCGACAGCUCAAAUAAAAACAGAUGAAUGCCCUUGUUCUUCAAGAGAAAAAGUAGCUAAUGAUUCAACAAAGAAAAUAGAUUCUCCUCAUCGUCUUGGAUUGAGUGCUUCCUUAAGUUCUCCAAAUCUUCUAAAUACAGCUGUAUCAUCUUUAAUGUUGUCAAGCGGUAGUAGUAGUAGUAGUAGUGCCAGUGAUAUUAGUGAACCUGAAGCUUUAAUUGAAGAUCUGGAACAUAGAGAAGCAACAUCUAAUGAUGAGAAUGAUGUAGACAUUGAAACAAUGUCUGGAGAAAAUGAUGUAGAAUAUGCGGAAUUUUCUAUGGCACAAAGAAUGUUAGAAAAGGAUCCUAGUUCAGCUAAUAGCAGUGUUGUAGGAGCUACAGCACUUUCACCAACAGAAAUAAGUAACUUUGAAGAAAGGUUGAAGUUAUUCAGCUUUUUUGAAAAUUGUCCCAGGAAUAAUGGGAUACAAGAAGCUACAAACAGUCUAUUAGAUCUCACUGGUUCAAAUUUAGAUCUAGCAUUGCUAGGUACCAUUUCCACUGAUUCAAUGCCAGCUGAUGGAAACGUAAAUCCUGAGAAUAGAAAAAAACUUAAAAAUAGGUUUAGACAUCUGGAUAUCACUGGUCCAAGUCCUAGCAAUUCAGUGGGAGUAUGGAGUGAAACUGUUCCCCUCACUCAAAUAACUAAGGAAUCUGUUAUGGGCCCAUUAGAAUCAUUUUUACGCUCAAUUAAUUGUUAUCCUGAGCAUGAUAGGAAUAGACCGAAGGAGUCUCCAAUGAAAGAAAGGAAAAAACAUUCUAACUCUCAACCUAAAUUUCCAGUUGUGCCAUCAGCAUCACCGCCACCGUUGAGUGAUAAUGCAGAAGGCAUUGUAGUUGAACCAACUUCUACAGCCUUUAGCUGGACACCUUCCUUAUUGAAUCAACGAAGAUCAAAUAAGUCGCCAAGAUUACCUCCUGGUGAUUUGGCUAGACCUGAAAAAGAAGCAAGUAAAUUUUCGGAAAAUCAACCGCAUUCCUCUUAGAUGUAGUUAAAUUUAAAAUCAUAUUACAAAAUUUAUAUUUAUUGAUGCUAAAGAACUGUUGAUAAUUUUUUUUUUCUAUUUUCUAAAGAUAUAUUCAAAUUUUAAUAAGAUAACUGAGAAAAUUCGUCUUAAUGAAUAGAAAAUCUGUGUUAAAAUGGAAAUAAAAAUGUAAAUCUGUGA